UCUGACUGUCGGUGUUAGGAAAUAACGAGGCGGCUGUGAAGGCAGCACAGGCGCACAUAAUGCUCCCCUUCUCUUCAGCACCGAGCAGCAGCAGCAGCAGCAGCAGCAGCAGGCCAGCCUGCAGAGCUUCUUCUUCCGGAGGCGGAUAAUCCCCAUCUCUCUACAUCUCUACUAUCUCUACACGCAGUCCUAAUGCAAUCAGGAAGGAAUCGCUGCAGCUCACCUCAAGGAAACACGUUUCGGACGAGGAUUGGAGAUCAGCAGCAACCAUGGUGGCAUACAAUCUGGUUUUAACUUUUCUCAUCGCAGCUCUUUGGAGGGUCAGUGGAGAACCACAAACUCUUUCAUCACCCGCGACGCAGUUAAAUUCAACAUCAUCAUCAUCAUCAUCCUCAUCGUCCGUCGUCAGUGGAGAUGAGCUGACACAUAAUGUCACAGAGGGAUCCCGGAUUUCAUCUCUAAUGACGCAUCUUCCAACCCUGAAAAACAUUGUUAUCUUCAUCUGCGUGUUAACAGCUGCUCUCAUCACAUGCCUAGUCAUCAAAGUGGUCAGAUCUGGCAGACGAAUCAGAAAAACGCGGAAAUAUGACAUUAUAACGACACCUGCUGAGCGCGUGGAGAUGGCCCCUCUUAAUGAGGAGAACGAUGAUGAAGAUGACUCAACGCUGUUUGACGUCAAAUACAGGUGAACCCCAGCAUGGACAUCAAUAUUUGAUGUUGCCCGGGACAACUCAAGUGAUUUUGCUGUAUUUUUUUGUGUUGUUCGAGUCUUAUCAGAUCACAUGCUGUUUGUGCAUGGCUUUUAUCUGUGUCAAAAGGACUGGAGCCGCAUGGAUAUCAUUGUUUGCUGUUUACUGACGCUUCUAUCAUGUGGCACAAAUAACCUUUCUGAUAUUAAUAAGAUCAGGAGGCUUCUUGUUGUGACUUCUCCUCAAAGGUCAUUCAGUAAUCAGCCUAUUAGCGACUUGGAGUUCAAAUAACAGUUUCUUUUUUUUACAUUUUCUGACAGUAAUUGUGAUUUAAUUUUACCUUUGAGCUUGAGAAUGUUGGACUGAAUAGGAGGAAGGAACCAAUGGCUGCUUUGAAGCUAUGAUAUACCCUUAUUAAAACAUCAGUUAAUGCAGAAAAUGUUAACAAAUAUUGUGCAGAGGAUACUUUAUUCAAAUGUAAAAAAAAAAAAAAUUGCACACUCUGAAGAAUCUAUUGAUAUACAGUAGUAAUUGAUAUUUUUAACUAAACUUUCAUACCAAAUAUAUUUCUAUCUACUAACCACUUUAUUGUGCAUAUAUACUGUUUGUCCUUAUAUAUGGAGUAAGCGUAUAUUUUUUUACUGUGUGUUGUUGUAGACGUUCCUGUUUUGCUGCUAUCUCAGCUGAAGUUUUACGUUUUUUCGAGGUUCAAAUUUGAUUAAAAGCUCAAAUAAUGUAGUCAGGGUAUAUUUGUAAGGUGUUUAUUAUGGAGUAACUCCAUCUGCUCUGAAUGUGAAUGCUGUAAUCUGUUGUGAUCGGGUGUGUUCAAUCAUGUGACGAUGUCUUUUUAAUCAAGUAACCACUGAAUGAUAUCAACAACAGUGUUUUAACAUGUCCGACAUGCCCCCAGUGUCUUAUUUUCAAUAUUAUGUCACCAAAUAAUGUCUAGAAAUGAUUCCCAAAAGCUGGCAUAUCUUGUUUGAGAUAGUAGGUGUACAGCUAGUAAAGUAUUAUGGAAAGUCUCCCACAAACAUUUCCAUUAAUGGCUCACUGACUCUUGUAAUGUCUAACUUGAAAAGGAACAUUUUUCCCCCUGGUGAGUUGCUUCCCCGGGCCAUACAGAGCUAAAAAAAAGUCCUCAAAUGAUUUGGCCCAUUAGAUAAUUAUUAAAUUACUAUUAAAACAAUGAAACUAG